CUUCAUUCUCUUUCUGCAAUUUUUCUUCUGCUCCAUCUCUCUUCUUCCUCACUAUCUCUCCCAAACAUGGGUAGUACCAAUAGUCGACACGUUUCUCGCCCUUCUUCUCGGCGAGUCAACCACACCAACCGCUUCAGUCUUUCCUCUCUUCUUCCCUGCGGUGCCUCCACUUCUCGCGCUACUUAUGAGAUUGAAGAUCAUCCAACUGAACUUCUAGUAGACUCUGCUACAGACUUUAAUGAUCAAGUUCAGAAAGUUACAGAGGAAUCGUCUUUAUCACAUUCAACAGAAGCUGGAAUUAGCCGCUCACAUGGUCAAACUGGAACCUCCUUUGGCAGCAGUAUUCAAUCCUGUGAGAAUGCUAAUCUUCAAGAUUCUUCCAGAAGUGUUGCAACCAGCAAUCAGAGGGAGUGUUUGUUUAAAAGAAAGGAGUUAGUUUCUCCUUAUGAGGUAAGUACUGAUCAUAGUUAUAAUGAAUCUUAUAGGGAUAGCAGCAACACAGCUAGUGCUUCAUUUGUAGAACAAAAGUCUUCAGAUCCAGUCUCUGUAAAUAGUUCCGCUAACAAGGAUGCAGUUAAUAAUAUUGAUAAUUCAGUGGAUAGUAGUAUCCAUCCAAUAUCUCAUGAGACAUUGCAUCUAAGGAGUUCAUCCCCUCAAGUGUCUGAAGACUCCGGUUCUCAUGAAAAUUAUGUUGAGAGUCAUAGUAGUGCAGCUAUAGCUUCCCAGAAUUCUGAUUCAAGUCCCAGUUCUCAAGGUUCAGAUCUGCCUGUAACUUCUCUGUUGCAAGAAAAUGAAUCUCAUGAAGAAACAAUUCCUCCAAGUUUAGGGUUUCUUGUUCCCGACCGGGAAAGAGGACAUGUGAAUGAGGGUGUGCUUCAUGUUGACGUGGUUACUAUAUCUUCCAAUACUCUGUCUUAUAGCAACACUGAUGCCAUUGAUCGUAGUACCAGGAGAAAUGGUAGGAGACCAUUUUGGGAUGCUUUUUCAAAUCGUAGUUCAAGAAGUGGUUUCUCAAAUGAUGAGGUUGGAGAGGAUUUUGAAUAUCUUGGCAGUAGAAUCCGCAGAUCUAAUGCACGAAUGCUGCACUCAAGAUCUCAGAUCUGGGAAAGACUUCGUGAUGGCCUUAAUGAAACAGAUCGGUGGACUAAUUCUUGUCCAUUAGGACUCCAUCCUGAUGGCAGGUGUUUCUGUGAGCCUUUCUCCAUGUCCGAGGAAUCUAAUACUCGAGCUAGCAUGUCAAGAAUAGUCAUGCUUGCAGAAGCUUUAUUUGAGUUUUUAGAUGAAGUUCAUCGCCAACCCACGCCAUUUUCACUAUCUGUGGCCUCUCUCCCAGCGCCAGAGUCAGUUGUUGAUGCUUUCCCUCUGAAGUGUCACAAAACGGUUGGCACAGCUGAUGGUGUUAGUAAUACUGAACAAUGCCAUAUAUGCCUGGUGGAGUAUGAAGAAGGGGACAAAAUUCGUGUUCUGCCUUGCAAUCAUGAAUUCCACAUGGCAUGCGUUGAUAAGUGGCUUAAGGAAAUACAUGGUAUUGUCAUUGAAACUUGA